CCUCUCCUUAAAUAGACGGCUGUCCAGCACAGCUGCUCGGAGCCCACCGCCCGCGCCACCACCCACAGGCUGCAGUCCACCUGCCACCCUGGGACCGGCAGUGAGAGGCUCUCUGGGGCCUGUCUGCUUGUUCCCUCCAGGCUCACUCGGACUCUGCCUCCCGCUGAAGCAUGAAUGGCCUCAAGGUGGCCCCCCCAGGUCUGAUUGCCAACUCCUCCCCGGCGCCCACAGAGCGAUGUGGCCAGGAGACGCCCCUGGAGAAUGUCCUCUUCGCCUCUUUCUACCUCCUGGAUUUCAUCCUGGCUUUUGUCGGCAACGCCCUGGCCCUGUGGCUGUUUGUCCGGGACCACAAGUCAGGCACCCCGGCCAACGUGUUCCUGAUGCACUUGGCUGUGGCCGACUUGUCCUGUGUGCUGGUCCUGCCCACCCGCCUCGUCUACCACUUCUCCGGGAACCACUGGCCAUUCGGGGAGAUCCCGUGCCGGCUGACCGGCUUCCUCUUCUACCUCAACAUGUACGCCAGCAUCUACUUCCUCACCUGCAUCAGCGCUGACCGCUUCCUGGCCAUCGUGCACCCCGUCAAGUCCCUCAAGCUCCGCCGGCCCCUUCACGCCCACCUGGCCUGCGCCUUCCUCUGGGUGGUGGUGGCCGUGGCCAUGGCCCCGCUGCUGGUGAGCCCGCAGACCGUGCGGACCAACCACACGGUCAUCUGCCUGCAGCUAUACCGAGAGAAGGCCUCCCAGCACGCCCUCGCGUCCCUGGCCGUGGCCUUCACCUUCCCGUUCGUCACCACGGUCACCUGCUACCUGCUGAUCAUCCGCCGCCUGCGGCAGGGCCCCCGCGUGGAGCGGCGCCUCAAGAACAAGGCGGUCCGCAUGAUCGCCAUGGUGCUGGCCAUCUUCCUGGUCUGCUUUGUGCCCUACCACGUGCACCGCGCCGUCUUCGUGCUGCGUUACCGCGGGGACCACACCUCGUGCGCCGCCCAGCGCGUCCUGGCGCUCGGCAACCGCAUCACCUCCUGCCUCACCAGCCUCAACGGCGCCCUCGACCCCAUCAUGUACUUCUUCGUGGCCGAGAAGUUCCGAGAAGCCCUGUGCAACCUCCUCUGCGGCCGGAGGCUCUCGGGGCCGCCCCCCAGUGCGGACGGGAAGACCAACGAGAGCUCGCUGAGCGCCAGGUCCGAGCUGUGAGCC